AUGAAUGCCAGAAGCUCGAACCUUGAUGUGUCUGAGGCAGGUGAGGGGGACUUGAGUGUGGAGGUCAGCAAUGGAAGGCGUAACCUACCCAUACAAACAAUCUCGAAUGGUAACGGUUAUACAAUACGCAUACUUGCCAAAAGUGUCGGCGUCUACAAUGUGUACAUCAAUUGGAAUGGAAAAUUUAUUUCAGACAAUCCGUUGAAACUUAUUGUUCAUGAUCGCGGGAAGGUGUACGUGUAUGGUGACGGUAUUGAUAAGGCUCUUGUUGGUCAUCCGGCAAGUUUCAUCGUCGAUUCAAGAGCGUAUGGUGACGGCGUCCUGAAGGCAAAAGUGAAAGGUCCAACUUCUCGAGCAAAAACCAGCAAAGCGGAAAAUCCAGACGGUACGCAUACCGUUAUGUACGUGCCAUUAGAAGCCGGUUUGCAUACUAUUAGUGUGUUCUUAUCAGAGAAGGAAAUACCAGGAAGCCCAUUUGUCGCAGAAGUCAAGGAAAAGAAGGUAAAACAGCCAAGCGCCGUUUUCGCAGUUUCAACACGCAAUUACGAACCUCCGCACGCAUCCAAUUCUGUUGUCAGUACAAGGGUUAACCACAACGUCCAUGCAAUUUCUGAUGAGAAUGCAAUUCUAGUAUUUGGUGACGGCCUGACAUCCGUGUUGGAGGGUCAAAUAGCUGGCUUUGUUAUCGAUCCGAGGAACGCAUCCGCUGGUGGCGACCUCACUAUUCAGAUUACAGGGCCAAACAGUUUCGCAAAAUGCAACGUACAGCAGAACCAGGACGGAACUUUGACCGCCACCUACGUCCCUGGUGAAGUUGGACCGUUCACCAUCGAUAUCUCUUGGUCGGGUAAACGCAUCAAAGGCAGUCCAUUUCUGGCCGAGGCUUCUAAUCCGUCGAAAAUUUCCCUCUGUGGAAAACAACAAAACAAUGGAAACAUCCGAUUUGAAGUCGGGAGACCUAACGUCAUCGAAUUCGACACUUCAGGAGCAGGCAAAGGUGUAUUAACUUCUUUCAUUGAUGGUCCUGUCGGACAGCACAUGAAUGUGAUGAUCGAGAGAGGUCUGAGAUCAUCCAUCAUAACCUACAAUCCACCUGUCGAAGGAGAAUACAAACUACAUAUUUUAUGGUCUGGAAACCCCAUCCCUAACUCCCCAUUUUACAUCAUCAGUGAAAACCGUCGUAGUCAGAUCGAUCUGACGCGCAUUCACGUGACAAACUUGAUCGCAGAUAUGGUUGUGAACGGCACUUAUGAGUUCGUUAUCGAUGGCUCUGCUGUUGAGUAUGGAGUACCUUCAGCUUAUAUGCAAGGUUUCUCAGAAAAUAUCCCCAUACAGAUAGUAUCACAACAUGGAAACGUGUAUACAGCAACGUUCACUCCGAAACACACAGGUGCGUACCUUCUGCAUAUCAAGUGGUCUGGUCAUGAAAUCCCUGGAUCACCAUUCUCCAUCAACGUGAAUGAGAUGAAAACUCAAUUCGUUGAAGAUGCAACAAUAAACGGUUUCCAGAGGUCUAUGGGAACUAAGCUACCAAAUACUCUGCGCACUGGAAAGGCGUAUUCUUUAACAAUUGACGCAAAUGAAGUGGGCGGAGCUAAAGUUGGUGAAAUGGCGGUUACCUGUGAUGGACCAACAUCGUCUGUACCUGUUCAAUUACGAGAUAACUUCAAUAACACCUUUGAUAUUAUGUUGACCCCGUCAGAAAUUGGAAGCCAUUUGUUGAAUAUCAAGGUCAAUGGAACAAAUAUUGAAGGAAGUCCAUUUUCGUUUGACGUCAGUGGUGCACAUCAAGUGAGCUGCUAUGGUCAAGGAUUGGUCGGAGGACCCCUAGCCACAUACGACAGCUCAUUCCAAUGCGAUACAAGGACGGCAGGGGCUGGUCAGCUCAAAAUACGAGCACAUGGUCCAAAAGGCGCGUUUAACGUGGAGAUUUUGCCGACUUUAAAGAAUCGCCGAAUGUUAAACGUGAAAUUUCACCCAUCUACGAAAGGCGUGUACACAUUGAAUGUACAAUGGAAUGAUGAACAUGUUCCCGGUAGCCCAUUCAAGAUCAAACUGACGUAAUAAACAUACCUAUUAUCAUCCAGGAACAGACAAAUUGUGUGUAGGCUGAAUCACCAUAAGAUUAGAUAUUUUGUAUAUAGGAAAUAGGCCAGGGAUAAUUUCGGCUUAUUUAUUCAUCUACAGUAUCUAUAUUAUGUAACAAUAUGUUUUUAUAGGCUUGUGGUUCAACUUCUAGUUGGCACAAUUAUUUGUAUUUUAUAUGCUUAACUUGAUUCAUUUAAAAUGCUUUUCAUAUUGUUAUAAA